AUGCGAUUCAACAGUUUAAAAAGUAUUGGUACGAAGGCAUUUUGCAGAGAAAUUUUCCAUGGCACUCCAGCACAUCAACUUCCUGAUAUUGUACGAACUUAUACUGUUGGACCUGAAGGGCGGGUGAGAUAUUACCUCAAAUUAACGCAUGCAGCAAUGACAUUUGAAUUGUUUCAGUUUAUUUAUAUAAGUGGUUGGAACCUUUUUGUGAGGCAUUCCGAUUUUGCAUUGACACACACGCCAACAUUGUGGAUUUACGAUUGUUUGCAACUGAAGAGACCUUAUAAAGUGAUUCAAAUUUAUGAAUUUCAGUCUUUAACACUACCACUUGAUUGUGAUCAAUACGUUGAAGUAGUUGAUUUCUAUUCGUUGAAUGAGACUGAAUUCGUGCUGAUGACUUUCGAUCAGCAUUUGGGUGUUUUGUCGCAGAAUCUUCUGAAAAUUGAUCGUUUCAAAAAUGAUACUAUUUGUGAACUGCAAAGAAACUGGAAAUUCAAUGCCAUACAACGCUCUGUUAGAGUUGGUAUCGGUGGUGCGUCGUUGGGUUAUGUUGUAAUCUGUGGAAUGACAAGUGCUGAAAUGGGUGCAAUUCUAAUGGUUAGAAUGAUUGCGGCUGAUCCCAGAUCCACAAAGCAUCCGCAGAUCAAUCUCGAUGAACAGAUUUAUAAACUGGAAACAAUCGUUAAACAGCAUCCAAACGAAUUAUUUAUUUGGCCACUGUCCACAGUCAUGUUGAACAAUAAAGGAGUGUAUUUACCGUUAGCAAAAAGAUGUGGAAAUUCGUUGAUAGCAGAAUGCUCAUUGAUCGGUGCAAUUGAGUUCAAAGCAGAUGAAAGAUUUGAUAUCAAAUUAAUUAGAGUUGAUGAUUCCAAUAUACGUGAUGUGGGUGAACGUGAACUGUGCAUAAAUUACGUCUCGAUGAUGGCUCAGAAAGGUCGUUCUGCAUGGUUCACCUCGAUCGUUCCCGCACAUCCAUCGCAUUGGCGAUGGAAACUACAGAAGUUGGCGACAUGCUUUUGCAGAUUUAUGCUGCUUUAUUUGGGCACAUUUUUGCUGUGGCUGAGUCGUUACGACGGUGGCUUGUUGGCCUAUUGGUUUGGACGGUUUUAUUUGUGGUUAUUAAGUGGCAGAAUUAGUCCGAAUUUGGGACCGAAACCGACGUUUCAUAUGUAUUCGCUUGAUAUGAACAACUGGAGAUUUGUGAAGAAACGUUUCGAGGCCAACGGAGAUUGGCUUCGCGGCGGUGGACAAGCAAUGAUCGACACAAACGAACGUGGUGGCAUAAUCCUGAGUGAAGUGACUCGAGACUGUGAUCGCAUUCGUAUGACUGCUUUCCCGCGACCUUUCAUACCGGAAAAAUUAAGCACACAAGCAUUUCAGAGAUGCUAUCGGCUAUAUCCAAAACUACGUUCACAACCGAGACUCUAUAAAGAAUGGGGAAUUAUAGACUAUAAUCUGUGUUAG